GCCUGGCAUCCCUCCGCCUCCAGACACUGAAGCCCGGCCACGACUUCCCAUGAGGCCACCACCAGAACUCAGCUCGACCGCUCUGUAUGGGGCCUCUCACAUAUGAAUUGACAUGGAGGAUGAAGAUGGGACUUGUCUACUUGAUGUUUUGUGUGACCCCCAAGCCCUGAACGACUUCCUUCAUGGGACCAAUGAGCUGCAGACUGAAGACCUGCUCAUUAACUCCUCCUCUGGGGAGCCCUCCCUCUUCGCAGAUGCCCCGAGCCCCGUCUCUCUGCUGGGAGAUGGCAGGGAUUCCCCAGACACGCCUCCGCCUGGGUGUGUGGAUCUGUCCUUCCUGGAGGAGGCCCUCCUGUCAUCGCCGGAGGGUGGAGAAGACCCGCAGGUGGUGCAGGGUGGGCCACCCGUUGAGGCCGUAUUUGAGGCAAAGAAGGGAGAAGUGGAGGAGGCGGAGGAGGCAGAGGUGGCCUGUGAUAUCCUCCAGCAGAGCCUGCAGGAGGCUGAGAUCACAGAGCAGACCAUGGCUCUGGAGGCAGGUCUGGCCCAGCCGGGGGACAGUCUGUCGCUGUACUCACCGGCCCCUCUCCUCUCUCCACCCACCGUACCAUUCAUACCCAAGUCUGUGACCUUGCCCAUCACUCAGGCGUUGCCAAGAGACACCCAGGCAGCAGUGGAGCCUCCCCAGCCCUCCCUCCUGGCUGUCGGACCGGGCUGCCCGUCUCUGAAACCUGCCGCCCCUCCUCAGCUGAUGGGGCUCCUGCCUGGAAACGUGUUCCCUGCUGCUUCUCCAGAGACCUCCUUCUCUCUGAGUCCUGCCCAGGCUUCCAGUAUGAUCAUCCACAAGGCCGUCCCCAGUAUGACCAGUCGUCCUCUCAUCACCCCGACACUGAGAGCGACAGCAGCAGCGGCGCCGGGCAUCGUCCUGCAGCGCGCCCCUCUCCCCAUCCAACCCAAGCUGCCUAUCAGCAUCCAGCCCAGACUGGUUCAAAUUAGCCCCAAGCCUUCUGGGCAAAAACACACUCCAGGUCUUACAUUUGUCCCUGGGACCGCCUCACCAAAUAUCUUACUCUCCCAACCUCCGGGCCAGAAGCCUGCAGCUCCACCGCAGCCCACCCAGCAGCUCCCCAAGCCGGUCAGCCUGCAGCUGGUCAACCAGGGCGGCUCCUUUGUGCUCCAGCCUCAGGGACUCUUCCAAGGUCAAAACCAGUUCCUUCUUCCAGGCCAGUCCCCUGUUACCAUCUCCCAGUCUGCCAGCGCGGCUCGACCGCUGCUGACCCCCAGUCAACACGGCCCGUCGCUCCACAGCGUGAACCCCUCCACCGGGCAGCUCGUAGAAGGCUCUCAGAUCCUAACUGUCCCCCAGAGACAGCUGAACUUCAGCCCAGUCUUCACCCAUUCAGGGCAGCUAGCGCUCCGCCAGGCCACUGUGCUUUCAGGACCUUUGCAGCUACAGUCAGCGCCCCCUACUGUCUUCCAGAUGCCGGCACAGCUGGCUGGAACCUACACUCCAGGAGGGCAGGGGCAGCGCACCACCUUGGUCCACAGUCCCGCUCUGGGAAACCACAUUACCUUGAUCAACAGCUCUGGGGUGCUUCCCCCUGAUCUCACUUCCAUCUCGAUCGUUAACGGCCCCUCGGUGGUUCAGGGGCUGCCUUUCGCUGCCCAGGCCGCGGCUCCGCAGGCAGGAGUGACAGAAGGACAGCUGAGCCUCCAGCAGGCCUCCGUGGUGCUGCUGCAAGAAAGAGCCAUUCAGGAGGAGAGGACGAGCGCAGAGGACACGUUCCACCAGCUGCAGCAGCCCUAUGGACAUGUCCUCCAGCAUGUCUCGGUGCAGCCCACCUCUGCAGGGCUGCAGUCCUCCUCUCCUCCUGUAGUCACAGUCCUGCAGCCUCCCCCUGAACCACCACUGGCCCCCGAUCCACCUGUGGAGAUCCCUAAACUUCUGAUGCCCCCAGCAGACAUGACCCAAGCAGUGGAGGAGGCGACCCAGUCGAUGAAUCAGAAUGAGGCCUUUAUGCAACAUCUGCAACAGCAAGCACUUAGUUCCCCCGUCACGUCUGAGCUGCUGGUUGGAGCGCUGCCGGUGGUGCCGUUGGAGUCACUCGCCUCCCCGGUGGCCCCUGAGAGAGACACCCAACCUCAGAGCCGUGCAGUCUCCGGUCAGGACGCCCGCACUGUGAUGUCCGACCAGUGUGUCGAGGCUUCUCCGCUUCACUCAGACCCAGAGGACGCACCGCUGAUCUGCUCCCCCUCUCCCAUUCAGGACUCAGAGAGACCAGCUCCGACGAGUUUCUCCCCUCAGAUCGCUCUGUCUGGACCUGAGAGUUCAGUCCAACAGAUCACGCCUCCCCAGCCUCUCAUCGAGCCCCAAGUCCAGUACCAGGCCCCUCAUCAGCUCCACGUCUCACAGGCUUUAUUUGCCCAGAACCAGGUGCAGAUCCAGCCACCCGUGUCCCAGCCUCCACCCCAGCUCCAGGCCUCCGCUCCACAGCUCCAGGCCUCAGCUCCACAGCUCCAGGCCUCAGCUCCACAGCUCCAGGCCUCAGCUCCACAGCUCCAGGCCUCCGCUCCACAGCUGCAGGUCCAGCCGUCUGUCUCCCAGCCUCAGUCCCUGGUCAGCAGUCUCUCCCCUCUGCGUGUCUCGGUGCCUCAGCAGCAGCCUGAUCCCGCUGCUGCGUCUGCUCGUCUCUCCACAGGAGGAGACGACUCUGCUGUCCAACAGCACACACAAAACAAGCCAACAGCUGCCUUGGUCAUGGAGAGUAAAUCGUUUAUUCUCGAUGUCCAUCCACCCUCUCCUGCAGCCCAGGGGGUCCAGGUCCACCGGCCCCCAGCACCCAGAGAGAGUGCACCCGUCCAGACGAGCCGGCAGAACGCCACCAAGCUGGCUGGUCCUCUGGAGCAGCAGCGAGAGGAGAGGCUCACACCAGCAAUGCGCAGGCACAGGUUCCAGCAGCAGAUUUGUUUGGACCACACAGCGGUUCAGACCCCCUUCACCGGCCCGGCCUUUCCCACACUGAAGGACGCUGUUCGAAGACUGCUGCCGUACCACACCUGCGCCGGUCACCUGCCCACUCAGGAUGACUUCAAUUUAGUGGACCAGGAGUUUGACACCGUGUCCGGUUUCCUGCUGAAACGCACCAAGGACAUGGUCAACAAAUACAGGCAGCUACUGGUUAGAGAAGCCCAGCAGGAGAGUCCGUCAGCAGAGAUGGUGAUGCUGGAGCGUCUCUUCCUCCAGGCUGAGCGAUUCGCUUUAGCGGAGGACAGACGGAGAGUCCGCAGAGACCCAGAGUCAUUUAUGACGGCCUUGGCUACAUCAGCGUCUUCCCCCCAUGGUGCCCACUCCUCCUCCUCCCAGCUGUGCUCGUCCAGCAGCCCCUCCUCCCCACCAGCCUGGACCCGACUGUCCGACCGCCCCCCAGGACUGAAGACGUACCGCUCCAGCUCCCGCGGGGCCCUCAGGCUCACCAUCAAGCAGGAGUCCGGCUCCCGUAAGGUGGUCCACAACUCCGCCUGCGACCCUGGACUCAAGAGGGACCACAUGGGGCAGCUGACCAACGGCGGUGGAGCUGUGAACGAACGCCACUCUCAGGCACCCAACGGGGCCCCCCAGCGUCCUCAGCAUGACGAGGAGAUCUCCAACGGAGCUCUGCCUUGUGACGCUGCAGAGGAAGUCCCACAGACAGCUCCCAAUUCCAAAAUAAAAGCCCCAAACCCUCUUUCUAUGCCAGAGCCACAGGUUGGUUGCUUCGAGUUGCCUCCCAGAGAUGUCAGCGCCCCAAAACUGAAAUGCUUCAGGUUGGAUGCGUCACCUCGGCCGGAGCAGCGGUUCAGCCCGCCACCUCCGCCGCUCCAAGAGGACAACAUGCUCAGUGAACAUCUACAGAGUGCCAUCGACAGCAUCCUGGAGCUGCAGCGCCUGCAGGGCCCCUCUGCAGCCCCAACCAGGGCCAUGUCCGGCCCUUCACUGGACCAGGCUGUCACCAGCAUCCUGGAGGGACACCUGUGAGGUAAACUGCCCCGACAGACAUCCACACAGAUGCAGAAACAUCUGUCUGAGCUUGACUUGUUAUCUGUUCCCAGAUCUUAAAGGGAUUUUGUUUCUGGGUUUCAGAGGUUACUUUUAAGGAACUGAUUGUUUGAAAGAAGGAAAAAAAUUAAGAGGCACUAUAAAGAGAUGCAUACCAGACAACAGCACUAUCUAUAGUCCGAUAGAUGUUAGAUACUUCAUUUUGAUGUACGUUUGUGGAAAAAAAAUCUAUUUGAAUAGGAGCUAUAUUGUUUCAGUGGUAGUUAAGUCAUUCAGAGGUUUACGACACUGGUGUAACCUUCAUCAGCAUAUAGUAUAUAAGUAAUAGUGAGGAAAACAAAAAUGUGGAGUAGACUGAGAUUAUUCAAUAGUUUUUUAUAAGAUUUCUUUCAAAAAUGUGAAGUUUCUUUUGCAUAGUGCCAAGCUUCCAGGGUAUUUAUUUUGAUAAUCUGUGCCAAUUGUGUUUUGCAUUGAGAAAGGCAAGGUGUGUGCGUGUGUGUGACGAGUGUGCGUGUCUUUAUUUGAAUCUAAAAGAGAGUGUGUGAAAACAUUGCAUCCUGCGACGGGACAGUACAUAAAAAAUCCCGCAGGCUCCAUCGUCUCGGCUUAUCGAAUGAUACUCCAAAGAAUUUGUGACUUGCUACAUCCUGAAUACACCAGCAAACGUCCAUGUUGUGUCUCUUCCCACAAACUGGAGUCUGUCCUUGUUGAAGCAGAAAGAAACCCGAUGUGGAACACAAAAAGAAAUUAGGCAGAGUCUUGCUUUUUGUUUUGUUCUUAAAAAUGUUUGGACCCUUGUCGUCAUUCGUGCUGGAGUCUGACUGUGAAAUAUUUCUAGUUUUCAGAGACGAGAAUGGUUUCUCAUUUAUGUAUUAACAUGCAAGCAAUAAUGAGUUAGGGUUGUUAGGAGCAGUGGUGGUGCAGUGAGGAGGAGGAGGGGGAGGAGGAGGAGGAGGAGGAGGGGGGAGAGCGUUGCCUGUCUUGCUGGGAAGAUUGUUUUUCAGGAAUGAGAGAUGCUUGUUUUAUCAUCGAAGCCCGUGUAGUUUAGAAAUUGUGUUUCAAACAUGUUUGAGUGUCACUUAAAGGUGCAAUGUGUAACACCUGGCCAACACCUGUUCAAAAGUGGCAUCGGCCCUUCAGUUACAGAAAGAAAACAGCCACAUCAAAACCAUACAGACGCCAUCUGCGAUGUUUUUCAAAUCACUUUGUGAUUUAGCCAAAUAGCCAACAUUACAUGUUACUCAUCAGUUGAGAUAUGCACUUAAAUAAGACUUUAUUAUUAUUAUUAUUAUUAUUAUAAAAAAAGUCCUUCGAUGAGUGACAGUAAUGAUUUAGACCACAGUCACUUCAUCGAAUGCAGCCCGCCACAGUUUUUUUAAUGAACAGGAAAUAUUUUUACACUUUAACGGGUGGAGUCUGCCUGUAACAUUCAUCCACCUAACCGACCAGUCUUGACACACGAACCCCAUGUUUGUUGUCUUGACUUUUUUUGUAGCGUCAACACUGUUCUUAUCGAUAGUCUAUACAACCACCUGUGGGACAUGCUGUUUAGGUGGUAAAUUUAGAUAUUUUUCCUCGUCCUGCUAGAAUAUAAAAAUAUCCGAUAAAAGAAAACUACAAAAAAACUUGCGGCAAUUCCAAGUUGACUGAGGGGUUACUUCUUUUUAUAGAACUCCUUUUCUUUGCCGCUAAAGCAGGUUUCUUGCUGGUAGCCAUCUAACUAAGGGCUGUACGUUCAUCAUGUUGUAUUUGUUGGCCUCUCUGAGAGCCGCCAGGACGCUACGGUGACUUACUAUCGACUCUUGAGUAGCAAGCGAUAUUACAAGACAGGGCGGGCCAGGGCUAGCUGGUUAGCAUGCUAAUUUCAGUGGGUAUCUCUGCAACUCAUCACAGAAGUCUUAGUGACAGAUCAACUCUGUCACUUCUUCACAUUCUUUUUUUCAUACAAUUUAAUUUUUAAAUAAACAUUCUGGCCACGCCUUACACAUUGCACCUUUAACGGCAUAAAUAAUCACACAAAUGUCCGGUUUGAAAGAAAAACACCAAAACUGCAGUAGUUUUCUACGACAGACACUGUACAGCCUCUCUGCAUCAUCAAACAGCCUUUGACCAAAAAACUAGAGGAAUCAUCUGCUUCAUUUCUUCACAUUUAAAACCUUAUUUAUUAAUUAAUUUAUUGGUUUGAAGCCCGUUUUACUGAGAUUUAUUUUUCAUGCAGCCAUUGUGGAGCAAUAUAAUUUUUGCAACAUCUUCUGUUAAUGUGACAAUCUUCUUGGUCUGUGUGAAGAUGUGAAUUCUGUUCAUAUGAAAAUACGUGAGAGAGUUGAGGUCAUUUGUAUCGGUCGUAUGACUCUCCCUCAUGAAACUUGUGCAAAAUAUUCUUUGUAGAUGGAUUUUACCUUAAAGGUCAAAAUGUCAAAGCUGCAAAAUGUCUUUAAUUUUUGUAAUAUAAAUUGAAAAUUUGCUUCAAAGUAUAGCUUUUGAAGAUACUAUUAGUGGUCAAGGUUUAACUUGCGAAUUGGAAAACGUUUAGAAUAUGCCUUAUUGUUAAUUCAGUGUACCUUUAAGGAAAUGGAAUCUGCAAAGAAAAGAUAAUUAAUGUGAUGUUUUAAAUACUGUAACAUCUGGUGUUCUGAAAUGUGAAAGUAAUGCGUCCCUUCAAAAAAGAAAGGAAAAAAAAAACUUCCAGAGAUUUGGGGCUAAAUCAAACAGGCCUUGUCAUUUCUUUAAAUUGCAUUGUCAUUUUUUAUAUGUAUCUUUUGUUGGAAUGAACAAAAGGAGUUAUAAUAUGCAGUAAUUUAGUGUUGAAAUCCUCUGCAGUAGUUCGGGUGGACACACACUACAAGAUUCAUAGAACUUUAGCUUGAUAUUUUGGGGAAAUACACCUGCAUGCUAAACACAAAGCUAGCUGCUAGUUAGCUUAGCAUAAAGACUGGAAACAGGGGGAGACUGCCAGCCUGCUUCUGUCCAAAGGAAACAAAAUCUGUCGGCGCCCCUUAAGCUCAGUAAAAUGUUAAAAAAAACAGCAAAUUAUGUUGCAAAAAACGUCCUUAAAGUGGCUAUAAUCGAUAUUUCGAUGUAUCAAUUUUUGACUUCAGGAAAUUGGCCAGACCCAGACGCUGUGUUUCAAAUCAGACCUUUUAUUUUUACUUUUAGUACAUACUGCUGCCGCCCUUACAAAAUACAUACUGUUGCAUGAAGUGUCACAGUUGAUCAAUUACAGCAUAAUAUAUUUUUUUUAGUUUUAAAUUGAAUUGUGUCAAAAAAGUGUAAGCAUUCUGUUUUAUUUAUGUUUUAGACAGCGUCCCAACUUUUUCCCAUUAUUUGUAUAUUUGGCCUCACACCUACAACUGUAUGUACAUGAGUGAGUAUGGAAAGUCUGAUUGGACAUCUAUUGAUACAAGAUUCUACAUUGAUAACAGAAUACUGACCCUCAAGCUGAGCAGAUUUUAGUUGUUGGAAAUAAUUUAGUGUUCUUACUAUUUUAGCUUUACAUAUUUCUCAGUAUAACAUUAAGACGGUUAAUUUGAAAGUCAGGUAAACGUUGUCUGAAGUCUGGUUGCAGUGGCAGCCAUGCAGCACUACAAAGCAAAUAUCUUUCUAACUUUUAAUUAGGUGAGAGGUCUCCUGUAGGUUUAAUUUCGCAAAGAUUUAGUUAAUGGAGAACUUGUUAGGUAGCAAUUUUGCCAGCUUAUGCAUCAGGUGACAGAACAACCCAAUGUGAGCAGACAAGAACAUGCAUCAAGAACACCAACGCACUGUGUGAUGCAGGGCGCAAGGAUAUCAUGUUAGUGAGUCCCUUUAUAGGGAAUACAACGUGUUAAUUAGUGAGCUGGUUGGCAGAUUUUGUUACCUUUCGAUACACGGGGCUUUCUGUCUUUAUGCCAAGCUAGCCAGCAGCUACUGGCGGGAAAAUAUGUCUUGUUCUACAGAGACAACAGAGCGGUAUCAUUUUUUGUCUUAAUGUUCAGCAAAAUAAAUUGGCAUAAUUCCCAAAUUGUUUAUUCCUUUUACCUGAAUUUGUCCAAAAAGAAAUAUCUAGAAAUCAAAAUAAAUCUUCCGGUGUGUUUCCACCCUCAGAGGUUUCACUGUAAUGCAGUAAAGAUGUCAGAGUGUCUUUCGCAACACAGGAUUGCACUCCUCGUCACCGCUAAACUUCUUAAAAGGGGAAUUCCACCAAACUUUAUUUUUUAAAAGUAUUUCCCAGCAUUUGCCCAGAUUACUUCUCUUAAAUACGAAGGAAAAAUAAAUUCUGGAGUUGAUGGAAUCCCCUUGAAUGAAGCAGCCUCAUGUGCCAUUGUUAUUGUUGCAUUAUGUCCGCAGUGUCAAACACUGAACUUUAGAGAUCUGCUUAGUUUUGUCAGCAUUCUUAGGACAAAGGGAUUACAUCUGCAUGUUGAGCCAUUUUGUAUUUAUUUGUAAAUGUAUUUUUUUUAUUUUUUCUGACUGAACUGUGAAACCAGGGGAGCUCAUAACUCUACACUAAUUCAACUUAGGAUACAAAACAUUUGACUGACAGAUUGUUCUGAUGCCAAAAUCAAGAGGCCUUAAUUCAGCAAAACUAGAUUGUAAAAAAAAAGAAAAAAAAAAGAAGUCAUUCCUGACAAAAAAAAAAUCCAACUAAAGACUCCUUUGACCUGAAAGUCACGAGUGAUUCAUAUAUGAAAUGUUAAGAAAACCGCUUUUGUACUCAUUUUUACAGACUAUUUAUUAAACUGUGAUUUUGUAAGAAAUAAAAAAACAAAGUGAAUGUG